AUGCUGACGGGGGUUGACCCUGAACGCUCCUAUCCAAGAGAAGAUCAGGAGAGCGCGAGGCGCCUUCUUUUUGAUCAAGGAUCUUCUUAUGAAAAUAGAGACGCAGCGGCAUUGAGGUUUCCCGUCACGCACGGGGGUCUCAAGGAUGUGGCCAACUUGAUCAGGGCGAGGUUGCAUUUGUCCAAUGGGGCUCCGCAACUGGGGGGCGGCAUUCCAGAGGCAGUCCCACCAUCCGGCAGGUACAUUGGCAAAUAUGAGGAGCGGGGAGAGGUAAAGUUGGUCAACUACGAUCUGGAAUUUUGGAAAAAUGGAUCAGUGUGUGGGAGCUGCUCGGAUGAUGAUGGAUCUUUCCAGGUGAAAGGUGUGUUCGACACGAAAUCCGAGAUUUACCGAUGGGGUGAGACGAUGACAGGAGCAAGCUACACCAAAUGGGAGAAUUCGCCUUCACUUUAUGAGUCAGCCGUCGUUUCUGGUGAGCGUAUCUGCACUUCGAUUCAUCGCAAUUUACAGCGACAAUCAAAUGUACGUAACCAUUUGUUAGAAAGAGCUUAA